CUCGAUACACGCGGGCGGAGAUCUUCGAACGACCAAGGCUCGCACGAGUUUCUGUCGCUAGUGCUUGUUCGCUGUUAGAUCGUUCGAGUGUGCAUUGGCGUUGGUUGCAAAGCCGACUAGAGCGCAAUAUUCCCGGAACGUUUCGUGCUAGCCAAGGAUACUGCGUUGGCCCAAUCUUGCGGAGACCGCAGUCAUUUCGCUUGCCUUUUCUCGGAAGCACACGCUGACGUUUAUUCUUUUCGUCGCUCAUCGAUCGCCAUCAUGAACAACCGUUUGGGCGAUAUCUCCGGCUGGGCGCACGAUGACGAAAGUACAAACGGAGACAUUGAAUUGGGCACCCAACAACAAAAUGCGUCGUCUCAGCCCAAACACAUGGAACACUUUUUCCGGGAAGUCGACGCUAUUAAAAAGGAUAUUGAUGCCGUCAAAAAAGCCACCAAGGCCAUUGGCGACAUCAACGAAGCUGCCUUGCAAGCGACAACCACCGAAGAAGAAAAUACGCUCAGUCAACGCCUCCGACCGGUGGUGGAUCAAACCAACAAACGUGCCAAGCGUACCAAGAAUAUGCUAGGGCUACUCAAGGAAGAGAACCAGAAACUAAAAGGAGACGGGGAUGUCAAGCCAAGCGAUUUGCGGUAUGAGAAUCUGUGCAACACGUUGACUCGAAAGUUCAUUGAUGAAAUGAAGGCAUACCAGGCGUCUCAACAGAAGUACAAGACGGACAUCAAGAAAAAGGUAACGCGGCAAGUCCAAAUUGUUAAACCUGACGCAACAGAGGAAGAAGUUGACGCCGUCAUGCGUAGUGAAGGGGGCCGAGACGCCUUGUACCGCGAACGGAUUUUAGCCGGUGGUGUCAACGACCAGAUCAACACGACAUACAAAAAGGUGGCAGGGAAAUAUCAGGAUGUGCUGGCAUUAGAACAGUCCGUCGCAGAAUUGCAUCAAAUGUUCUUGGAUUUUGCGUUGUUAACGGAACAACAAGGAGAAUUGUUGGAUCAAAUCGAGUUCCAAGUGAAACAGGCAGCGGACUAUGUCGAAGACGCCAAUGUGGAUGUCUACGAAUCUAUUGAACAUCAAAAGUCGAUUCGAAAGAAGCAAUGCUGGAUCAUUCUCAUCGCCAUCAUUGCUACUGUGGUGAUUCUGUUUGCUAUUGGUGUCUUGCCAUGA